GUGCCUCCUAUAUGUACACCUUUACCGCCCAAACACAGUAGUUUCCAGUUUUCACACCAAGAAAGCGAAGUAGCUGCGAAACUUCAAGACAACAACUCAGACCCAUCACUUCAUCCCCCCACUCACUUCCCUUCUUCAUCACCUCAUAUUCCCAGAUUAAAUUCCCAGCUUCUAACAACAUUCCACACAGUAAACUAUAAGCUUCUUCAAAGCCCACCAACUCAAAUACCCUCUGCUGCUCGCUAGCUCAUCCCCAGCCAUAAUCAUGGCAGUAAGCAACAAUAUUACAGCCUUCCUCAACUUCCUCGCACUCAUGUGCUCAAUUCCCAUCAUAGCCUCCGGAAUAUGGCUGGCUUCUAAACCGGACAACGAGUGCAUCCACUGGAUCCGCUGGCCGGUUGUCUUCUUGGGAAUAGCUGUUCUCUUGGUUUCUUUAACCGGCUUCGUGGGUGCCUACUGGAAAAAAGAAGGCCUCCUCGGGCUUUACCUCGUAUGCAUGGCCAUCCUCAUAGUACUUCUCCUGGUCUUCCUCAUAUUAGCUUUUGUUGUCGCCCGUCCCAGCGGCGCCUAUGAUGUGCCCGGAAAGGGAUAUCAGGAGUACAGGCUUGAGGGCUUCUCUUCUUGGCUCAGGAAUCAUAUUACUAGCUCUGAUAACUGGGGGAAUAUAAGGGCGUGUUUGGCCGAUUCCGGGAUUUGUCUUAAGCUUAACGAGGAGUAUCCGACUUCUGACCUGUUCUUUAAUGCCCACCUCUCUCCUAUCCAGUCCGGGUGCUGCAAGCCUCCAACUGUUUGUGGAUACCAAUUUGUGAACCCAGUUAUGUGGACUAACCCAGCAAACCCAGUGGCAGAUGCUGAUUGCUCCAUCUGGAAUAAUGACCCUAGCCAACUCUGCUAUUAUUGCGAUUCUUGCAAAGCUGGAUUACUGGGGAACCUGAGAAGGGAAUGGAGGAGUGUCAAUAUUAUCCUCAUAAUCACUGUUGUAGUUUUGAUAUGGGUAUAUAUCAUAGCCUGCAGUGCUUAUAGGAAUGCUCAAACCGAAGGACUGUUCAGCCGAUACAAACAGGGUUGGGUAUAGACUGUAGAGAUUUAAUGUACUAGUAUCAAAUUGACUAUUAUAUUGUGUGCGCUCUCCACUUUUUGGGGCUAGUGGAUAUGGUCUCUGUAACUUUUUCUUUUUUUUUUUGUUAUUUUCCCUCCCUCUGUAAUUGCAUGGUCUUUCUUUAUGAGUUGAGGUGUACAACUGUACAUAUUCCUUUGUACUAUUAGAUCGAGUUCUAGUGGACUACAAGUAAAGACAAGUCGCGCGGAUUGAAAUUUUUGA